CACACAUACACGCAAGUUCGCGCGCGCCCGCGCGCUCAGUUUCGUUCUUUCUCUCUUACAUACACACAUACUUUUUCUACCGUUAGCUAGCUCGCUUCUUUACUCCUUUUCUUUUGCUCGUCAGCCUCAUUUUAGCAAAUGAACCGAAUCUAUUUGUCCGUAAUAGAUACCAUCUUUGAGGGGGAGUUCCGCGAUGGUACAUUUCACGGCUAUGGUGGUGUGUAUUGGUCUCAUGGACAAAAAAUGGACGGAAUUUGGUUCCAAAAUGAAUGUAGAGACAAACAAUAUAUUUUCAACGAUGGACUAACUUUUUGUGACAAUGAUUGGAAGUAUUGUCAAUUUCCUGAUAGACGAUAUCAAACAUGUCUUAAGCACGGAUUGAAACCUGCUGGAGCAACGUUACGUACAAAUAAUCCAAAUGAAUUUGUUAUUCCUCCUAUGUGUCACGACGCAGGCAUCGGAAUUUUUAACCCGCGUACACACACUAUUACAUGCUACCAAAAUUCAAUGAAAAUACUUGAAAUACCAACUACGAACUUGACAAACUGGAUACGAAAGAACUGUCAGAAGGCAUGGUCUGAACCAACUGGAAAUCGAAAAGACCUUUACGAAAAUUGGUUUUCCUACAAAUUUGACAUGGAGAUUCUUUCAACGUUAUUACCAUUUUCAAAUCAUUCCUUUGAAUCUUGGUGGAAAAGACUGGCCACCUUCCGACGGGAUUACACCUGGGAACAAACAAAAACGCUAAACCAUUGCCUAUGUCACUUAUUAAAAUGCUGAAGAAAAUGAAAAUAUUGGUAUAUAUACAUUCAAAA